AUGGCAGAGAUGGUGACCAGUACCGUGACGAAUCCGACGAGAAGAAGACUCCGAAAGUCGGCUGUCGGUGUCGGGUCCGGGCGUGGCACUCGGACACCCCUCACUGGUGUUGGAUGGAGGCCCUCGACCGGCUUGGAAGCCGGGGUGCGUCGCCAGGCAUCGCUGGAUGCGCGCCAGCAACGGCGCAGUAGCCAGCAGCAGAGGCGGAUGGAGGAGAAGGCCUUGAAGACGGUGGAAGUUCGGGCUGAGUUAGCUGCCAAGCGCGUGCAGCUCGAGGGCUUGCUGAAGCUGAAGGAGGUGUGCGACAGUGAUGGCAAUGCCAUGCAGACGGCCCAGCAGCGGAAGGUGGAAGACGAGGCACGGCGAUGUGCUGCAGAAGCCUUGGAGGUUGAACGACAGAAGCAGGAAGCCCUGCGAUGCCUGGAGGCAUGUCGGCAGCGCAAGGCCCUCGAGAGCCUCCGGGCGGAGGAGGCACAGCAGCGCCAGCGGCAGCGCCAGGAGGUGAAGGCCACCGAGCGGCUCCGGGCGCGCCGCGCCGCGGAGCAGGGCCGUGUCACCAAGGAGGCCGAGGCCCUGGUGGAGCGGCGGCACUUGGUGGAGCCACAGGUUGAAGAGAAGAAGAUUCUGAAGACCGACGUCUCAGGGUUGCAGCAACUGUCCAAGACCCGAGUGAAGGUCGUGCGUGAAGGCCCACCGGUGGAAGCCGCCCUCGAGCAGCCUCGAGUGCCAGCGCCACAGCCCAGCCGGGCGCAACGACAAGCUGCCAGGAGUCGUGGCUUGGCAGCGCAAAGCAAGCUCCAAGCCCAGAGGCAAGAGGAAGAUGCCCUCCGCGAGAAGGAAGAGCUCCAAAAGAAGGAGCGUCAGACGAAGGCAAUGGCUUUGGUGGAAGAAUGGGCACCGCCCAAAAGCGGCAGCAAGGCAUGGACAUCAGAACUGCUUCCAUGGCAGUUGCAUGCCACCUCCGAGGCCGCUGGGCAUGCGCUCGGCGAGAUCCUGGAAUCCGAUGCUCCGCGCGGCUCGCUCUGCUGGGAGCGGCCGCGGGCACCGGUGCCGCACCCGCGGCCUCGCUCGGCCAAGCCCAGCUCCAAGGGCUCCAAGGGCUCCAAGGGCUCGCUCGCUGUGCCCCGCGCCCGGAGCGUCGACUCCGCGCGGCGCGGCUCGACCCGCUGUGUGGCCACGUGGCUCGGGCCUUUGGCGAGCCCUCCGAGGGCGAAGGCAACUGCUCCAUGCCAGCCACCAAUCACGUGCGAUGAUUUAAAGGAGUCUUUGUUUGACUGCUCUCAUCUACACAAUGAAGCGGAAAAGCCUGCAGUCAUUCCACUUAAGGAGCCUCCGCCCGCAACGGAUGACACGAACAGCGACGCGGCCAUGGUCCAAGUGCCCCGGCGGUGGUCCAGCAGGCAACGAGAGAGUGAUAAGGAGAACACGACCGACACUCAACAUGUUGCUUGCGAGGAGCAGGAGUCAGAUGAUAUCAGAUCCUUUUUUGAGCCCAGCUUGCAGCUCACGCGCAGUGAAGCAGAAAAGCCCAGAAGGCAGGCAGUUGGAGCCGUUGCACCCAAAGCGGCAGAUGUGCCUUUCAUCCAGUUCCCUGCGCCACGACCCACGAGGCGAAAGAUUGGCGAGGAGGACUUAGCGUUGCAGUUGGAUGACAUCUGUCGGGAGCUGGAUGCAGUGGGCCUUUGUGCUUGGGAGGCCUUUGAGGAUUUUUCCGGAUGA